AGCGCCAUCGUCGGUGCUGGCGCGGACCUUUCCCGUUCCCCUUCAAGUAUGUGAUGUGGGGAUUCAUCUGGUGCGACUAUGGGCUGGCAAAACGCAUCAUGGUGCGCAUGAAUGUUCUUGCUGAUGCCCUCACCAGCAUCAACAAUGCAGAGAAGCGUGGAAAACGCCAGGUUCUCAUCCGGCCAUGCUCCAAAGUGAUUGUGAGAUUCCUGACUGUAAUGAUGAAGCAUGGCUACAUUGGAGAGUUUGAGAUUAUUGAUGACCACAGAGGUGGGAAAAUAGUUGUCAAUCUCACUGGCAGACUGAACAAGUGUGGUGUCAUUAGCCCCAGAUUCGAUGUUCAAGUAAAAGAGCUCGAAAGGUGGCAAAAUAGUCUCCUGCCUUCCCGUCAGUUUGGGUACAUUGUCCUAACGACCUCAGCAGGGAUCAUGGACCAUGAAGAGGCCAAACGGAAACACACGGGAGGAAAAAUUCUAGGAUUCUUUUUCUAAAACGUGCAACCUGUCUAUAAUAAAACAUUGAAACCA